AUGAAGAGUUUCAAUUUCUUGAUUGCUAUACUAGUUGUUUUUGGAGUGUUAGGAGUCUGCAAUGGGGGUGCGCUGAGAAAGAAUUUCUACAAAAGUAGUUGUCCCCAAGCCGAGCAGAUUGUUCAAAACAUUACAUGGAAACAUGUUGCUAGCAAUUCAACAUUGCCUGCUAAGUUUCUGAGGAUGCAUUUCCAUGACUGUUUUGUUAGGGGAUGUGAUGCCUCUGUAUUGGUUAACUCCACAGCAAAUAACACAGCUGAGAAGGAUGCAAUUCCAAACCUAACACUGGCAGGCUUCGACGUUAUUGAUGAAAUAAAGACCCAACUUGAGAAUACUUGUCCUGGAGUAGUAUCCUGUGCAGAUAUUGUCGCUUUAGCUGCUAGAGACUCGGUUUCUUUUCAAGUAAGCUUUAUAUAA